CAUAGUUUCCGGACAAGUUAAAUAACGGCUUUAUUUCGGCGUUAUCCGUGCUAUUGUUUCAUCCAUAUCAUUCAGACGAUUGUUUUUACUUAGUAAAUAACAUCAAUUGUUGGCAGGUAAGUAAAAACAUUAAAUUUCAUAAAGAUAUCUCACCUGUGUUAACAAAACAACCUUCCGUACCAUCGGGGCAUGAAAACUACACUGCGCAUGCGCAAUAUUUUGUUUCCUUUUGAGGUAUCAAGUGGGGUAAAACAAUAAUUCUUCAAAUCCCAACGAAUGCAGACGACAUGAAUUAAAAUCUUUUUUCAUAAUUACUUCGCUUAUGUAAACUGUACAAAAAAAUAAAAAUAUUACAUUUGUUAGAAAACUGUCUACUUUACUUUAAAAACAAAAAAAGUUACUGUUAAGAUGCCAAGAAGGGCUAUCGCCAAUUUUCCAAUCCAAGGGAGACAACGAGUACUAUUAAUAUAUUAAUUUUCUUGCACGGUAUUCUCCCCUUAUUUUGCUAUAAUGUACUUUUGAAGUUCGAAUCGAUUUUAAAGUGACAUUUUGGUGCUGUUCUCAUAACCAUAUUAUUCUGUCUUACCCUAUUUUUUUCAAAGAAUGUCCACUAAGAAAUACAAAGAAGAGGAUAUGACAAGUGCCAUUUCUGCCGUUAAGCAAAACAGGCUGAACAUCCGAAAGGCUGCUGCGGAAUACCACGUUCCGAAAUCUACGCUAAAUGACCGUAUUCGUGGCCGCUUUAAAACGACUGUGCAAGGUCCGGAGCGGCAGAUCACAGCCGAGGAGGAGACAGGCCUGGUACAGUACCUGCUGUACAUGGCAAAUCAGGGUUUUCCACUAACCAGACAGAUGACGAGAGCCUACAUCCAAGCGAUUGUCAAACGUUCAGGACGGAAAACACUCUUCAACCUAAACAAAGGACCGUCCAAUAAAUGGAUUAAAAAAUUCAUCCAAAGGCACCCAGAUCUGUCGGAAAGAAAGCCGGAAAACCAAGACAAAGCCAGAAGUGCCAUGUCCAAUAAAAAAGUGAUGGCCGAUUUUUUCACCCUCCUAGACACCAUAUUGUUGAAGUAUGGUGUCAAGGACAAGCCAUCUCAGAUAUUCAACUGUGACGAAACGGGGUUCUCAGGAAGAGAGACAGGAAGAUCAAAGGUAAUUGGACCGAAAAGAGGGCACGUAUUUCGCAGGCGUGUAACCACAGCAGACCACAUCACCGCACAUCUAUGUGUCAGUGCUGAUGGAAGAUUUUUACCAACUAUGAUAAUAUACCAGGGUUCACUUCCACACCGGAAAUACAAUGAUAGCAUACCAGAUUCAUGGGGAUUUGCCACAAGUGAAAACGGAUACAUGGACACGCAGUUGUUCCAACGCUGGUUCACGAAAAUGUUCAUACCGCACUGUGGACGGGAGCGACCAGUCGUACUUCUGAUGGACAACUGCGAUGCACAUAUCAGUGGAGAUGUAGUGGAAGCAGCGAUUGCGAAUGAUAUUGUGUUAGUGGGACUUCCGGGACACACCACUCAUAUUCUGCAACCUCUUGAUGUUAAGAUAAUAGGUCCUCUCAAGAGUCGUUUUGCUGAAAUGACAGUAAAGCUGGGUUUCGGCGGUGCUGGAGUAACUAUUGGAAAAGCAAAAUUUCCAAUUGUUAUGAAGCACGCCAUUGACAGCGCGACACCAGUAUCAAUCCAGGACGCAUUCGCUGUAACAGGCAUAUGCCCAUACAACCCAUCAGCCAUAGAUACCUCCCAGCUGGUGGAAGCUUCAUUUGAUCCUCCUUGUGAAGAAAGAGGCGAACAGGUUCAAACGUGUGAAAGAUGUGGCCACUUCUUAACAAAUCCACUUGUACAACGUGGACUGAUACCGCCGAGUCUCGCCGAUAUUCUGUUGCCACCACCCGUAAAGCCGGCAGACACGCAGCGGAAAAAGAGAGUUGUAGCUGAGGGCCGCUUGAUUAGCGGCGAGGAAAUGCUCAAACAGUUGAAGGAAAAAGAACAGAUUGAAAAGAAAAAGAUAGAUGAAAUGGAAAAGCGGAAGAAAGACAGGGAAAUUAAAAAGGAGAAACGAUUGAUAGAAGAGGAGGAGAGACGGAUCAAGAGAAAAAAGAGAGAAGAAGAAAGGGAAUUAAAGUUAAAAGAAAAGAAGAGGAAAGCAGACGAAAGACAGGAAAAAAAGAAAGGGAAGUGUGCCGACGUCCAUGCCACUGCAGUUUUAAUAGCCAAUAGUUAUGUUUGUGAUGUGUGUGGUAUGCAUGGGGGUGUUGAUGACGAGGUGAAUGGUAUUUUCUGGUUUGGAUGUGAUGAGGAGUUAUGCGGACGAUGGUAUCAUGAAGGGUGUUUAACAGAGAAUGAAAGGAUGUAUGUGCAAGAAAGCUUGGAAGAAGGCGGAAGUGACUGGUUUUGUAAGCGUUGCAAACCGUGGUUGUAUGAGGAGGAGUGAGUGGGCGAUAUGUUUGUAGAAAUGUUUGUUUGUUGUAUAUGCGUAUCAAGUAAACUUUAAAAGGUAUCACAGUUUCAUGUUACUGAAAACGAAUUCUAUGUCAGAAAUGAAAUUUUUAUCAUAUACGAUCUAUGACAUUUGUUAAAAUAUUGAGUAACUCCUUAAUGACUGAUAAAAGGUUUAAUUGUCUUAAUUGAAUGACUGAUGUUAAGUACUAAAUCAUAAAUGUAAUAUGAUUUUGAUGAAAAUAUCAAACUGUUAUAAUAUGUGUUUCUGUUUUGCUUUUCAAAUUGUUCUUGUGCAUAAAAUGGGUCAAGCAGGACAUGCCGGAGAUUUAAUAUCAUCAAGCGAAAUAUGCAUUUCCCAUUUAGGGCCCCUGAAGAUAAAAAACUACUAUUAAAUUAGAUUAGCGUUUCCCACAUGUCUUAGAAUUCCAUUUAUGCAGUUUUUUUAUGAAUAACUACAUUUGAUCAACUUAUGAUUUGUUGAUAUAAAUAUUAAGGCAAAAUUCGUAGUGUAUUUGCUAAUCUAAACUGCUCUCGGGCGGGCUUUUGAACUAUCAUACAUCCCCUGUGUACAUCGACAGGCGUAUUAAAAGCUGUAGACUUGCAGCAAAUAUUUUAUUAGCAUGUUUGAACCUGGGAAUAUUCAUUUAUAUACCAAUUUAAUACUUGUCCGGAAACUGGUUCUCUUGGUACAUAAAAGUGUCACUUUUUAUGACCUAAUUUAAGCCUCUGGUAAAUACAUAUACAAUGUCACUGUGUAAUGUUAGCUGUAGUUUCGGAUGUAGCAAGAGCUGAAGUUUGUGUACGGUAAGUUUCAUCACUGAAAGUUAAGGCUUAAGAAAUUGACG